UGCAGCCGGACUGAGGGAAAUGACAUUGGUUGCCUCUCACAGGAUGGAGUGGCUGCUCCAGCGCUGCUAUCUGUCUGCUGUCUUUCGCCCGGUGCUGCUCAUGAUAUGUUUGAUCUUGGUCCUGUUCGUGUCCAUGUACCCCGGCUUGUGGUCCGUUUGGGUCCACAUCCACUCGGCCUUCACAGGGAGCUACGUACCAGGCCACCACUCAGUCCUUCUCAUCAACAGCCCCAACGAACAGGCGGCCAGGGACAUCAGCAGGGCCAUCAUGGAGAGGCGGCUGGCAGCAAGUGUUAACAUUCUCUCCAGGACCUCCACAAUGUACUACUGGAAAGGUGAAAUCCAGGAUGCAAGUGAAGUUCUGAUGCUGGUGAAAACUAAGACCUCCAGGAUCCGGCAAGUCAUAGAUUACCUGAGGUCUGUCCACCCCUACGCAAAUCCAGAAGUCCUCAGCUUCCCGGUGGAGGACGGCAGCCCUGCUUACAUGAAGUGGAUGGACGAAGCCAUUCCAGACGACUGAUACAUCAUUAAAAUCAGAGCCAACCUCUGCGUGGACUGCAGCCAAACAAGCGAGCUGAGCCGUGUGCACAGGCUGUUGUUUGAAGGCUCUGGAUCGAAGGGUUCUGAAAGCGCUGUGCUGAACUAAAGUUCAAUACUUUACAUUUAUACUAUUCUGUUGCUCUGACAUUUUCACUUGCAAAGUCCACUGUGGACUGUGGAGAUUCGUCAGUUUCUGUCCUUUAAAGAACUUUUACCCUUUUAACCUUCUUCUGAUUGACUGGCAGAUUAAAACUGCAUAACACACCACCUCAAACACAGAUCCGAUUGACUGGUCAGUGCACAAAAUGUU